AUGCCUGGCACUCACUUAGCAGUUUGCCUCUCAUCACUGUUGCUGCUCCCAUUAGCCUAGCCUACUGGCAUACGAACCGUCCCACAAGAGAAGAAAACAGAGGUAGUCAUCGAAGGAAUGGUGUACUGCCAAAGCAGUGAUAGUUAUGGAUCGGUGUCGUUGUCAAAAGCCGAACCGAUCGCCUCAGCUAAAGUUAGUGCAGUCUGCAAGAAUCAAAGGGGGCAGGUCAACUUCUACAAGGCGUUUGAAACGGACCCCAAGGAUUACUUCUUUGCUGAGUUCCAAGGGUACGAAAUGAGUCACUCUCUCUUGGACCAUCCUCUCCAAUCUUGUGUUGUCAAUCUCGUCGGAUCGCCUCUCGUGAGCUGCAACGUGAUUUCAAAUGUCAACAAUAGUCUCCUCGGCUCGCCACUUCGUUACCAGAGCAAGAGGCUGCAUAGGAAGGAUUAUGAUGUUGUGAUCUAUGCUGCUGGGCCAUUGGCUUUCCGACCACCUCAUUGCCCUGCUCAACUCACUAUUAAUGUCAUUAUUGAUUUAUCUAUCCAAUCCCAUCUUAAGAAUAAAUUAAUGGAAUGA